AUGCGUGUUUCCAUUACCCUGUUGAUCUCAACCUUCGUGAUUUCUGCUUACGCAGCUGGUACUCCUCCUCCUCCCUUCGUUAAUGCGAGACCGCUUUCCCCUCCCAGAGACAUUUGUCGCUGCGACGACGGAUCCAACCGAUACGACCAAGUUGCCGGGGAGUGGACUCAAAUGUGUUGUAUGCAGCAGCAUGGGUCCCUAAUGACAAAAUCGGGGGUUCAAGUGUGUCAACAUUUCAAGGACAAGAAGGCUUUGGGUGAUUUUAAGACUUGCUGCCAGUCAGCGGCUCAGACCAACACGGAAUACCGAGAUUUUGAGGCGCUUUGCCAAGCCACUACGGCCUAUUGGCCUGGACAGGGUGAUGAUGUCUGUUAA